UCCUGCCACUAAAAUAUAAUGCAAAGUGUAUGAAAACCCAGUGAGAUUAUUCGAUGUUGCCUGUUUUACACAAAAAUCGAUAUUAAUAUUCUAUAAUCUAAUGCUGAAGCAUUAUCGUUCGCGACCGAUUUGUUAUCAGGUUUGAGUUAAUUGGUGAAAAAACGAAUUUUUAUUUCAAAUUACCUUGAGCUGACUUAUCUAAAGGAAUCGUCUGUGCCUUCAAGCGCUGAUCAAUUACGUAGAUCAUCUCGCUGCCCAGAUUGAGUACAAUAAAUAGGUUUGUAAUAGUCAUGUUUAUUUCUUAUCACGUCAAAUAACAACCGAAACUGCACUGUGAAGCAUCGACACGAGUAUCCUAUAAAUGGAUACUCUAGUUCCAAAACAGUCCAUUCCAGUUUGUUUAUGGCAACGGAAACCAUGGUGAACCGUUCCUCCGUGUCAUGUAGGAAUAAAUUUUGUUUAUUAUUAGGCGCGUUGCUUACAUGGAACGAAUCCUUUCUGAUAAGAAGCUUCUGGCGAGACGUGCAUUGUGUCACUAUUCAACAUACUUUCAUUAAUGCGAUAAAAUUUCAUCUCGUGUUAAGAUGAUGUAUGAGUUCACCAGCAGCCUCAAUAAUUCGGCCGAAAUAGGGCAGAAAAAAUGAAGCCUUGAUCAAGUUAGUAGUGUGAGAGAAACAGCACCAGCAACUCCGAAACUAUCCCGUUCCCAAAAUGAUACGCCACAAUAAUAACACAUCUAAAAACAGUCCAAACGUAGUUUACCUAAGUACUAAUUAAAAAGUAAUAACCCAACCAGAAUGAUUCCGUAACUAAAAAUAAAUACGCCUGUAAGAAUUCACUCCCGUUUAUUAUUUCAGCAACAUAUAUAAUGGACGCAUAUGAUCUAUACUCCAAAUUAUGGAGAAAAGUUGUGAUUAGUGGUCAGGAAAAACAAAUAUCAACUGAAUUAAAAGCGUGUAAAAAUAAUAGCGAAAUAAUCUACUGUGUUCGUCAACUAUUAGACAAGUCGGGUCUUAUGCAACAAAUUCAGUUUACAGCAGAUGGAAAAAAUGAAUCUAGAGCGAUCGAAUGUCGAAAGUUGGGCAAUAAAUCCUUUCAUCCGAAAAUUAAAAAAUACAUCAAGGCGCUUGAAUAUUACAACGAAAGCAUUGCAUUAUCACAUGUGGGAUCAGAAAGCCUAGCCAUUGCCUACGCUAACCGCUCAGUGAUUUGUUUCGAAUUGAAGGAAUAUCGUGACUGUUUGGAAAAUAUUCGAUUGACCCAACUGAAUUCAUAUCCAGAACAUUUAUUACCAAAAUUAUUGAAAAGAAAAGAAGACUGCUUGGCGAUGAUUAAUAACAUAGAUCUCGUCCGAUCUAACCACAUUCUGCACGAACCCAAAUUGAGUUAUAAACCGAAUUCAAAGAUACCUCACAUUGCUGAAUGUUUGGAAUUGAAGGAAGAUGGAAAUUUUGGACGAUGCUUGGUAACCAAUCGAAAUUUAAAAGCAGGAGAUUUAUUAAUAAUGGAAAAACCUUUUUCUGCAAUGCUAGAAGCCAAGCUUUGCUACUUGAACUGUGAUUAUUGCCAACGAGACCAAUUCUUAACUUUAAUACCCUGCAAUAGCUGUUCAGUUACGAUGUUUUGUUCAGAGAAGUGUCUUGAAAAAGCAUACGAUGAAUAUCAUCGUAUCGAAUGUUCUAUUAUAAAACAUUUGCGACUGUUAUUUAGCAAAGUAAUUUUGAUGGCUCUCAGAACUACAACAAUGGCCAUAAGUACAUUCAACUUUGAUUUGGGAGAAUUAUUACAACACGUGGAAUCCCUUGAAGUACAAAAAUUGAGUCCGUUUGAUUUCGACUGGAGAAAUAUACACGCUAAAGAAAUCUAUAGCACCAUACAUCUUUUAGCAACCAAUCAAACUUUACGCAGUCCAAGUGAUCUGACUCAGCGCGCUAUUUACUCUAUUAUAAUUAGCGAAGCUUUGCUAAGUUAUACUCCAUUGAAAAGUCUCUGUGGAACCAGUGAAUCUCAUCGUAAUCUCAUUCGAGUUCUCAUUUUUCGUCAUGCACAAACUUCUCCUGUAAAUAUGCACUCUACUGCAUAUAUGAACUAUUGUCCGGAAGAAGUAGAAGAGUUUCAGCACAGCGACCUUGGAUGCGCAUCAUUUCCGAUAUUAAGCAUGAUAAAUCACUCCUGCGCACCGAAUCUGGUACGAAUGACACUGCCAACCGGACAGGUUGUAGCCUUACUGAAUCGACCGAUUAAAAAAGGUGGACAGUUAUUCGAUAAUUAUGGCUACCACCACUGCCUUGAAAUACUAUCAGAACGACAAAUUAGUCUUGAUAAACAAUAUUGCUUCAAAUGUCAAUGUGAAGCAUGCAAAAAUAAUUAUCCGCUAUACUACGAUUUGCAACAUGCCAAACUAUUACCCGGCCAUAAGAAUCCGAUUAGUGCAGGUGAACUAGAUAUUCUUAGAAAGCAUGAUAUUGCAAUGGCUUUGAAAAAAAUUCCGGAAUAUUGUGAUUUUUUGAAUGAUUACGACUCGCAGUACCCCAAUUACGAAGUCAGCUCUGUUCAAGAGGCUUUACUACGAUGUUUCCAAAUAGUUUAUUCUUCACAGUCAAGAAAAAUGAAAUACAGGGGACUUUGUUCUAUAUAAUCAAAUUGUUUCAAAUUUCAAAAGGGUUUUAUUCUAACAACAUAUGAAAGUAAAACAAAGUGCCUAAAACUUAAAUAAAAAUUUCUUACCCACAAAUCCUUGAAUGCUCAAAGCAUUUGUUACAGCAGUCACGUAAUCAGUAAAGGAAAUCAUUUCGUGUGCUGGUGCCUUAAAA